UGUGCUGUGCUGUGCCGGGCACACAUCUCCGUCCCGCCCCUCCACCCUCACUCUUGUCUCGCUCUCUUGUUUCCCGGGACAGCCAUCGAAACUCGGUGGUGGCCGCGGCUCCCGACGGCUCCCCGGACGCGGCUGUGUAUCAUCCUGAGCAAUGGCCCCCUUUUUACGAAUAUCUUUCAACUCCUUUGAGCUGGGACCUGUGCAGAAUCAAGGAGAACAGCUACAGCCUUUCUGUGCAAUCAAGAUGAAGGAAGCUCUGACUACAGAGAGAGGAAAAACUCUGAUUCAGAAGAAACCUACUAUGUAUCCCGAAUGGAAAUCGACUUUUGACGCCCACAUUUACGAGGGCCGGGUGAUCCAGAUUGUGCUGAUGAAGGCAGCAGAAGAGCCUCUGUCUGAAGUGACUGUGGGUGUGUCAGUGCUGGCAGAACGGUGCAAGAAAGGCAAUGGCAAAGCAGAGUUCUGGCUUGACCUUCAACCUCAGGGGAAGGUGCUGAUGGCUGUGCAGUAUUUUUUGGAAGAUGCAGACUGCAGACAGUCGAUGAGGGAAGAGGAGGGGACAGUGACUAUCAACAGGAGAGGAGCUAUCAAGCAAGCCAAAAUCCACUACAUCAAAAACCAUGAAUUUAUCGCCACCUUCUUUGGACAACCUACAUUUUGCUCUGUCUGCAGAGACUUUGUAUGGGGACUCAACAAGCAGGGAUACAAAUGUAGACAAUGCAAUGCUGCUAUUCAUAAGAAAUGCAUUGAUAAAAUCAUUGGGAGGUGUACUGGUACUGCAGCCAACAGCAGGGACACAAUGUUCCAGAAGGAGCGCUUCAACAUCGACAUGCCCCACCGCUUCCGAGUCUACAACUACAUGAGCCCCACCUUCUGUGACCACUGUGGCAGUCUGCUCUGGGGGCUGGUCAGGCAAGGCCUCAAGUGUGAAGAAUGUGGGAUGAAUGUGCAUCAUAAAUGCCAGAAGAAGGUGGCAAACUUAUGUGGAAUAAACCAGAAGUUGCUAGCUGAAGCUUUAAAUCAAGUUAGCCAGAAAUCUACAAGAAGGUCUGAUUCUGGAUCUGUAGAAAGUGUUGGCAUUUAUCAAGAUUUUGAUAAGAAACAUAAAGGUCCAGGAGGAGACACAACAGCAGAUAACAGUGAAUAUGAUAAGCUCUGGGAAGGAAGCACAACCAAGCCAGUGCCAAGAGCUGCAAGGAGAAAAUUCAACAUAGACAGCUUUGUCUUCCACAAAGUGCUGGGGAAAGGCAGCUUUGGAAAGGUUCUGCUUGCAGAGCUGAAAGGGAAGAAUGAAUUCUUUGCUAUCAAAGCUCUGAAAAAGGACGUGGUGCUAAUUGAUGAUGAUGUGGAAUGUACCAUGGUGGAAAAGAGGGUCCUUGCUCUUGCCUGGGAAAAUCCAUUUCUCACACAUCUCUACUGCACGUUUCAGACAAAGGAUCAUUUGUUCUUCGUUAUGGAGUUCCUGAAUGGGGGAGACCUGAUGUUCCACAUCCAAGACAAGGGGCGCUUCGACCUCUACAGAGCAACGUUUUAUGGAGCUGAAAUUUUAUGUGGACUCCAGUUUCUUCACAGCAAAGGCAUUAUUUAUAGAGACCUAAAACUGGACAAUGUGAUGCUUGAUAAAGAAGGCCACAUCAAAAUAGCUGAUUUUGGAAUGUGCAAAGAAAACGUUGUUGGUGACAACAAGGCAAGCACUUUCUGUGGGACCCCCGACUACAUCGCUCCCGAGAUCCUGCAGGGUUUGCGGUACACAUUCUCUGUGGACUGGUGGUCCUUUGGGGUGCUGCUGUAUGAGAUGCUGAUUGGCCAGUCCCCUUUCCAUGGGGAUGAUGAAGAUGAGCUGUUUGAGUCAAUCCGAGUGGACACCCCUCACUACCCACGCUGGAUUACCAAGGAAUCCAAGGAUAUAUUAGAAAAGCUCUUUGAAAGGGAUCCAGCAAAACGACUUGGGGUCACUGGGAAUAUCAGAGACCAUCCUUUCUUCAAAACAAUCAACUGGACAGCGCUAGAGAAGAGGGAGAUGGACCCUCCCUUCAGGCCAAAAGUGAAAUCAGCAAGUGACUACAACAACUUCGACAGAGAAUUUCUGAGCGAGAAGCCAAAAUUGUCUUACAGUGACAAAAACCUGAUUGAGUCGAUGGAUCAGUCUGCAUUUGAUGGAUUUUCUUUUAUUAACCCAAAAUUCGAACAGAUCUUGAACAAGUAAGUCUGUGAACAGCUGGACUUUAAAGCAGGGUUACACAUUACAAACCCUGACUCGCAAGUGUUAAUGCAUUCCAACGACGCCGAUACUUCAGAAUAAUACAGUAAUUUCACGACUAUAAGGCGCACCUUUUGGAUUAAAAUGUUGGCCUGAACCCGGAAGCGCACCUUAUAGUCCGGCGCCUUAUAUGUGGGCAAAAGUUCGGAAAUUUGCCAACCCGGAAAUGUGAGCCGCGAGC